AUGACCAUGACUACGAUGGCUGACGGUUUGGAAGCUCCGGACUCCAAAUCUGCUUUCAUGGAGUUUGGCCAGCAGUCCCAGCAAAGUUCUCCAGCCAUGCCUCACAGUCACUACCCGGUGCAUUGCCUGCACUCAGGACACUCACACCAGCACGACAGCUCGUACCCGGCCGUCAACACUUACAACAGACCCCUGCCUUAUCCCUACGUGAGUCACUCUCAUCACAGCCCUUACCUGCCGUCCUACCACAGCAACAACACUGGCAGCCAGACACGUUUAGACGAGGCAGAGCAACAAAAGACAACAGUGAUUGAAAACGGUGAGAUCCGUUUCAAUGGGAAAGGGAAAAAGAUCCGCAAGCCUCGCACUAUUUAUUCAAGUCUGCAGCUGCAGGCGUUAAAUCACCGUUUCCAACAGACUCAAUAUUUGGCACUGCCCGAGAGAGCCGAGCUGGCCGCUUCGCUGGGACUCACGCAGACGCAGGUGAAAAUCUGGUUCCAGAAUAAACGCUCAAAGUUUAAGAAACUGAUGAAGCAGGGCGGAAAUCCCCUUGAGAAUGAUUCUGCGUCCGGGUCGGCUGGUCUUUCCCCACGUUCCCCAGCCAUCCCGCCAGUGUGGGACAUCUCAGCUUCGGCCAAAGCUGUCAAUAUGACCUCUAACAGUUAUAUGGCUGGCUAUUCCCCCUGGUACUCCACGAGCCACCAAGACACCAUGCAAAGACAGAUGAUGUAA